AUGGCGCCGCGACUCACAGUAGACCAAAGGAAAGCCAUCACCGAGAUGGGCCGGACCCAAAGAGCUCAAGCUACGGGGCGCCCUUUAGCCACAGUCAACAGAGUACUGCAGGCAUUCCACAAAGAAGGCCGACUUAAGGAUGCUGCGCGCGGCCGGCCACCAAGAGCGACGACGGAAGAAGAAGACAGGCUUGUUGUCGCAGGAGCAGCAGAUGAUCCGUUCCUCAGCGCCAGGGAGCUUCGUGACAUGUUCGCUUUGAACGCAUCCACUCAGACAAUCAGGAGCAGGCUUCAUGCAGCAGGUGUGAAAAGUAGAAUAGCUGCGCAGAAAACACAACUGAGACAAGCGGAUCGGGACACGCGCCUGGAAUUCGUGUCUGUGGUGGAAGACUGGACCCCAGACAAUUGGAGAGCAGUCGUCUUCAGCGACGAAGCCACUUUUUGCACGCGCUGGGACCAGCAGAAGCGGGUGUGGCGGCCGGAAAAAGCACGGGACGAAGAAAAAUACACUUGGAAUGUGCGCAGCAGCGGCCGUGUUUCAGUCAGCGUGUGGGGAGCCAUCAGCUACGAUGGACUAGGACCCCUGUACCGCAUUCCUGGGCGUAUGACGGCAGAAGUCUACGCGGAGGUGGAUGUGCAGAGUGGCGUUCAGUACACCUUCGGAGAACUGUUGGACGGUUGCCGUCGGAUCGCCGCUGGACUCCGCAGGCUCGGACUGCGCACCGGCGACAAUGUUGGUUUCCACUGUGUCAACAGCUACGAGUUUAUGGUUACCAUGUGCGGGACUUUCUUUGCUGGCGGCAUAGCCAACAUGAUCAAGACUAAUCACACUCACGGUGAAAUCCAACGCCAGCUAAUUGCCUCCCAACCAAUUUUCGUUGUCUGUGACCGAAAGGACGCAGAGAAGGUCAAAAAGGCUUGCAAAGGCAUUGCGUCAGUGAAGAGUGUCAUCGUUACCACGGGAACUUACGAAGGAACACGAAUGCUGUCUGAGCUGACACAAUCUUCUUCUAUGGGAGGCUUCGAAGCGCCCCUCAAUCUGAACCCAGACGCAGUGUUGGCGAUAAUCUACUCUAGCGGCUCAACAGGAUUGCCGAAGGGCGUGCAGCUUACCCACCGCAACAUAAUCGCCCAAGUUAUAUUGUGCCGGGCGCAUCUCUUAGGCGCCCGUCCUCCGGCGAAUGUGGGUGUAACCGAGCGAACGAUCGCAGAGAAAGAUGAAAGCGAGCGCGGAGCGCGGCCGGGGAUGAAAGUUGCGAGAAGGAUAGUGGAGGAGGAGGGUCUCCCACAUCGGGACGUCCAGGCCUUGCCUAGUGGCCGCUUCGCCGGCCUGCUGGACGGCCCAGACUUGGUCAGCGAGCGUGGAGCUGUGCAGGGCAUCGGCCCAUAUCGCCUUUACGGUAUGACGGAGCUCACCGGGGGCACCACGCUUUCGGCACCACAAGUUGAUGACGUCAAAAGCGUGGGAAGGCCGCUACCGUUCAACGAGGUCAAAGUGGUGCAUCCUGAGAGUCGUCAAACUCUUGGUCCGUAUGAGCAAGGGGAGAUCUGCAUGCGAGGACCAACCGCUUUCAAGGGAUACCUUAAGAACGAGAUAAAGACUGCCGAAGCUUACGAGAACGGCUUCGUUCGCAGCGGUGAUAUCGGUUACUACUCUACCGACGGCCGCAUCUUCGUCUGCGGCCGCUUGAAAGAGCUCAUCAAAUGCAUGGACCAGCAGGUGGCACCGGCUGAGCUGGAAGAGCUUCUGGCUGCAGACCCAGACGUGCUACAGGUGAUCGUGGUUGGAGUGCCGCACCCGCAGUACGGAGAGGCCCCCCGGGCAUUCGUGGUGUCCCGCCACCGCCUUCCUGGACCCGACGAAGAGGAGCGCGAGGCCGACAGGCUGAAGGAGCUUGUUGCUGCCAAUUUUGCUCACCACAAGCACCUCCACGGCGGUGUACAGUUCUUGGCCGGUAUGCCACAGACUGGAAGUUACAAGGAUUCACGCAGAGCCCUCAAGGAGCUGUACAUUCAGCAGAACAGAUGCGCCAACAAGAGAUGUUAG